ACAUCUCCAAGGUGAUGUCAUGGAGGCUGCAAUGAUGCUGUUGCCCGGCGCCUGUAUCCUUGCAGCCAGACGGGGGUAAUCGUAGUCACCAGUCCAUCAGCGGCAGCAGCAGAGAAGACGGGGACAGUGGGGGAUAGACUGUGAAGGAUCUUCAGCAUCCCUGGGGAGAAACAUACGCAGUGAGAAGAUGACUCUGGCAGCCUACAAAGAGAAGAUGAAAGAGCUCCCCCUGGUGUCUCUGUUCUGUGCCUGCCUGAACCCACAGACUGCAGACAAACCUACAUACAAAGCAGAAGAUGCAGUGGACCUGGGCUGGUGCGUCAUCAAAGACGUGGAGGUCAUUGAGCUGAACAAGCGGACGUCUGGCCAGGCCUUCGAGGUCAUCCUCAAGCCCCCGUCCUUUGACGGCGUGCCAGAGCUCAACACCUCCAUGCCGCAGCGCCGCGACCCGUCCCUGGAGGAGAUCCAGAAGAAGCUGGAGGCUGCCGAGGAGAGGCGAAAGUGCCAGGAGGCGGAGCUGCUGAAGCACCUGGCGGAGAAGAGAGAGCACGAGCGUGAGGUGAUCCAGAAGGCCUUUGAGGAGAACAACAACUUCAUCAAGAAUGCCAAGGAGAAGCUUGAGCAAAAAAUGGAGGCCAACAAGGAGAACCGGGAGGCCCUGCUGGCCGCCAUGCUGGAGCGGCUCCAGGAGAAGGACAAACACGCUGAAGAAGUGAGGAAGAACAAGGAGAUGAAGGAGGAAGCCUGCCGGUAGAUGAGUGGAGAAGAAAAAGAAAAAAGAAUGAGCAGGACUGGGAGAUCAUGUCGGUAAAAAAAGGAAAUCAAAAGAAAAAGAAAGAAAAAGAAAGAAAAAGAACUCAAAAGCAACUCGAACAAAAGGAAAAGCCAAGUUUUCAUAUUUGAUGUAUGCUGUAACGAUUAUGAACAAGCUGUACAAAGUUUAGCCAAAUAUUGAUGUUGAAAUUCAAAUAGAAAUCUGUUUCUUUUUUCUAAAAGAAAGUGGGUGGGGGGGUCGGGUGGCAUCAAAAUAAACAUUUCAAAUUUUGAAUAGGGGGGCGGCAUUGGUUGUUUGGUGAGAAUGAAAGCUGUAUCAAAGCAGGAGGAGGUAACAAUUUAAAUCAUAGCUCCAAUCAUGCAGUUUUUUAAGUCAGAAAGCAGGAAAAGAACAGGACCAAGGAUUGAACCCUGGGGCACACCACACUUCUGCUGACCAGAUUAACUUCAGUAAGGAUCAUUGACUAGGCUGUGUUUUUCUUAAUGAUGCCUUAUAGUAGAAAUUGUAACUAAAUGCUGCCUAUUUGGCAGCUACACUACCAAUUACUGAAUGAAGUAGUGAGAUGUAAUCUAAAUUGUUACCAAGUAAAAGAUGAAAAAUGUGUGAUGUGCUUAAACAAAACUGGACACACAGAUGUAGUUUAGAGCCCUAGUCUGUCCCAACCAGUUAAAGUCAGUCCCAGGCUUCUUCAGUCUUUGAUUUACAGCUUACUACUUACCUGUCAAUAUACAUACAACAACAAAUAUAUUACCACAACCUUUGCAGUUUCCAAAUGAAAAAUAAAAAAUGAUUUCUCAAGGUCUACCGCUCUCAUGCAUAUUCUUAGCAUGUACCUUUUAUGGUAUUUGUUGGGUCUGUCUGGGGACAUCUGCGUGAGUGAAUCUCACAAUAGUGUUUAUGAAUAUAAAAUUAAGCAGGCUCUUGUUUUUUUCUAAAGUGACCCUGGAGAGUAAAAAA